AUGUAUAACUCCAGCUGUAGAAUCCACGUGCAACAAAACACUCCACCUCCGCUACACGCGCUGCGAACACGCCGCGAUGCACAGCUUCGACCCAGCCGCGUGUCCGAACCGCAUGAAGAGACGCCGGUGCAGCGAGGGGCCGGUGUGCGAGAAAUGCGAGAGCAGGCGGGGGAGUUUGAGCAUGCCGCCCACGACGAAUCUGCUGGAAUCGCCGAGGGAAAGCGUCGUGGAAGAGGACGAGAAGGAACGGAGACGGAAGAGGCUUGUGAUGAGGAGGCGACUGAAGGCAAAGAGAACAUGAGGCAAAAGCUGGGAGAUUGGAGAGAUGGAUAUUAG